UGAAUUAAAGAAGGAACGGAGGAAGAAUUUACUAGAAUCCUCCAAUCGAUCCAGAGGUGAUGGGGUUUUAGGAGGAGGAGCGAGGGGAUGGUUUCGCGUUCUACGAAUAUGAAAACCUGAGCAGAUACUAAAAGAAAAAACCAAUCAAAAACGAUGGAUGCUAUGGAUACCGACACGAGCGAUCACCGGGAUAUGGAGGGGGAGGACGCCGGCGACGGGCCGGCCGGCGGCCAUCGCCGCGAUGCCCACGAGAGCGCGUGGAAUCUACUCGUCUUGGCGCGCCAGCUCAUCAACCAGGGGAAGCCCUCUCUCGCUCUCCAAACCGUA